AUGACGCCCGAGCAAGCGGCCAAGGAGAGCGUGAACCCCUUCGACGUCACCAAGAACUACUUUGCCGAGGUGGAGCAGCUCGCGUUCUCGCCGUCGCACAUGGUGCCCGGUAUUGAGCCCUCGCCCGACAAAAUGCUGCAGGGACGACUGUUCUCGUACCCGGACACGCAGCGGCACCGACUCGGACCAAACUACCAGCAGAUCCCAGUGAAUAAACCCCUCAACGAGCUGCGGACCUACCAGCGCGACGGCUUCAUGACGGUCGACGGCAACAUGAACGACGCGCCCAACUACUUCCCUAACAGCGUCGGCGGACCUGUUGAAAGCCCCGCAUUGCGCUACCACGCGUACCAAGGGGAUCACUCGGUGGUGGACAAGUUCUCGACGGCGGACGACGACAACUUCUCCCAAGUGGGGACUUCUACCCGGCUCACGGACAACAUUGCCGGAUCGCUGGUCAACGCGUCCAAACCAGUGCAAGCUCGCGCCAUUGCCAACUUCUGCAAGGCGGACCCGGACUAUGGACUGAGGAAAGCCAAGGAACUCGCAACGGAGCCGCUGAACCCGCCCCGCAGAACCUUCAAGGCGGUUGCUGCCAAGCAAGGGGCGCGCGCCCAUGGCCAAGAGUUCUACUGCAAGCGCCACAAGACGCACGUCAUGGAGCUGACCGCGCACGUGGUGGGCCAAGCUCUGCCGGUUCGAGAACGCGUCAACGUCCAUGGGAACUUGGUGCGUUUGUGCCAGGUCGGGCUCUGUAAGAAGAAAGGUCGAACAACGGUGGACGAGAAGUUUGUAUGCAAGGACCACGCGCGGCUACUAAGGGAGAAGGACCAGUUCGUGGACCAGAGCCAAGCUGCAUUCCUGGUUCGAAGGGACUACAUCAGAGGAAAGUGUGCAAGCCACUUAGCGAUGCCAGUAUGCAACUACGUAGGGUGCGACCGAGACAAAGUGACGGCAAAGUACCGAGGCUUCUUCUGCGCCGGCCAUUUGCCGGUGAUCGACGACCUGCGGGGUAAGAUAAUGGCCGCCAAGAGCGACGGAGAUUUCGAGGUACAGAUCCCGCUGAGGUACAACGAAAUCUUCCUGCGCAAGUUCCUGGACAAGGGCCAUGUGCACUUCUACAACUCACUUGUGGCCAAGCAUGGAUAUGUCGCACCCGUGGUGGGAAUUGUGGGCGACCAACUUGUUGGAGUUGCGGGAGGACAGAAGACCGCUGAAAGAUUGCUUAACUAG